AUUUCACAUUUACCCAACCAAACCACACACCUUACACCAAUUUUUUUAGACGCAGUCUCUCUCAUACACACACAUACCCUUGUUUUCUAUUUCUCUCUCUCUCACUCAUCAUUCUCCACCGCCUCAGAAGUAGAUUUCCCAACUCAGUGGGUUUUGUUCACAACUUCGUUUAUUAUGAAAAUACCGAAACUAUCAUAUUCUCACGCUUCCUCUUGAAGCGGUGCGUUUCAUUCCACAGAAACAGGUAGUAGACGGCGUUUAACUAACGUUAAACGACGGCGAUUAUUAUUUAGCGGAAACGGCGACGGAGGAAAGUGAUUCGCACGUGUGUACGUGCAAAAUAACCACCACAAUUUUUUGUGCUAACAAGUGCAGGUUCGUGUGGGUGGGUGGUUAAAGAGAGAAAAAAACAGUUAGAGAUCACGGUUAGUUUGUGAACUAAAAAAAAUGCCUCACAGAGCUACUUACUUUUUUCCUAGGCAAUUUCCUGAGAGAAGGUUAGAUGAAUCGAAAUUAGAUCACGAAAAGAAAAAGCUCGUCAACUCAUCAAUCAAAUCAAAUGAUAUUACUACCACUUUUGGAGUUGAAAGCGACACGCCGAAAAGCGCGUUUGUCAAUAGAACAACUUCUAUUUCCGUUACUAAAGACGACGUCGUUUUCACUCCUUCGAAAAGCUCCGCUGUUUCUGAUCUUCUUAACGGCGGCGAUAAGUUCCGGAGUGAACAGAAGCAGAUUGCUGCGUUUUGUGAUUGGUUAGUUGAUAAACGACAUAAUCAUCACCACCGCCGCCGACAUCACCGAUCGGAUCAUCAUAUUUUACACGAGGAGGGGGAUCGUGAGCUUCUACUUCCGCAUCCGGAUUCGGCUAAAGCUUCUUCGCCAGAAAAGGAUGUUGUCGAUGACGUUGAUCGGAGCUUCGACAGAGAAAUUUCUCUUCCGCGGUUAUCAAGUGAAAGCAGUUACGCUGCGAGUUUGUUUGCUUCAGAUAUCACUGCUACAUUCUCAAGCGACAUUACGAAUAAAGAUACGACGACGUCUUCGUCAUUUCGUGUUUCUUCAAAAGAGGUUGAACAAGAAAAAGAAGGAGAAGUGAAAGAAGAAGAAAAAUGCGACGAAGAUAGUUACGCUAAGAAGUACAAAGAAAGCUACGAACUACAACUAGCUCUAGCGAAGAGGCUUUCUUUCUUUUCAAGUCUUGCUUCUGAACCAGUUAUCACUUUCGAUACCGGAUUAGAAACUUGGGACGCAGAAUCGGUUUCUCGUCGUUUAUGGGUGACGGGGUGUUUGUCGUACACUGACAAGAUAUCCGAUGGAUUUUAUAACAUAUUGGGGAUGAAUCCGUAUUUGUGGGUCAUGUGCAAUGACAUGGAAGAAGAAGGAAAUUUCCUUCCUACAUUGAUGGCGCUUAAAGCGGUUGAACCUAAUGAGUCUUCAUUGGAAGUGAUUCUUAUUGAUAGACGUGAGGAUUCUCGUCUUAAGGUGCUUCAAGAUAAAGCUCAAGAGUUGUAUUCUGCUUCUGAGAACGCCUUGGGGCUCGUUGAAAAGCUCGGAAAACUUGUUGCCAUAUUUAUGGGGGGUACCUUCCCUAUGGAGCAAGGGGAUAUGCAUAAGAGGUGGAAGUUGGUGAGUAAGCAGUUGAGGAAUUUUCAUCAGUGUGUUGUGCUUCCGAUUGGUAGUUUGUCUACAGGACUCUGUAGACAUCGUGCAAUUCUCUUCAAGAGGUUGGCAGAUUACAUAGGUUUGCCAUGUCGCAUUGCCAAAGGUUGCAGGUACUGUGCUUCGGAUCAUCAAUCAUCUUGCCUUGUCAAGAUCAAAGAUGACAAGCAGCUGUCAAGGGAGUAUGUUGUUGACCUGGUUGGGGAACCAGGAAAUAUUCUUGGACCAGAUUCCUCAAUUAAUGGAGCAUAUGUGUCUCCUACACCUUCCCCUUUUCAAAUUUCUCAUUUGAGAAAAUCUCAAUCUCCUUAUGUGGAUAACGCAGUGUCUUCUCAAGUUAAAAGUUUUAAUCAGAGUUCUCCGUAUUCAGGUCGUGUUCAGGAAGAUCAACAAAGUAAAGAAACUGAUUUGCCCAAAAAUAAUAAUGGAUUCAUUUAUGCUUCAGUUGAUCAAACUUGUGGAGGUGUUUCUGAAGCUCUUCACCCAUCCUCUGAAGCAUUAUUACAUGAAAUUCCCAUUGUUGGUAAAGAUUCGGUUGUAGUCCAAGAAAUUUCUUACAAUGAGAUCAUUGCAAAGGGAAAUUUGGGGGUAAAUGGUAGCCAGUCAAAGCAGGAACAGGUAGACAAUAGACUUGAAAACCAGGGUGCUGGGAAUAUUCCAAAAUACGUGAAUCUUGAACCAUCCCUAGCAAUGGACUGGCUUGAGAUAUCAUGGGAUGAGUUACGGAUCAAAGAGCGUGUUGGUGCUGGAUCCUUUGGGACGGUGUACCGUGCUGAAUGGCAUGGAUCGGAUGUUGCUGUCAAAGUUUUAUCAGUUCAGAAUUUCCAUGAUGAUCAAUUGAAAGAGUUUUUGAGAGAGGUUUCAAUAAUGAAACGUGUUCGCCAUCCAAAUGUGGUGCUCUUCAUGGGUGCGGUUACAAAACGUCCCCAUCUAUCUAUAGUGACAGAGUAUUUGCCUAGAGGUAGUUUAUUCUGCCUGAUACAUAGGCCAGCAUCUACUGAAAUUCACGAUCCCAGGAGAAGACUACGAAUGGCUGUAGACGUGGCUAAAGGAAUCAAUUAUCUCCACUGUCUGAAGCCUCCAAUCGUGCACUGGGAUCUCAAAUCCCCAAACCUCUUAGUAGACAAAAAUUGGAAUGUAAAGGUGUGUGAUUUUGGUUUGUCAAGGUUCAAAGCGAACACUUUCUUGUCAUCAAAAUCAGUUGCAGGAACGCCUGAGUGGAUGGCUCCAGAAUUUCUUCGUGGAGAACCUACAAAUGAGAAGUCUGAUGUUUACAGCUUUGGAGUGAUCCUGUGGGAACUCGUGACCUUACAACAACCAUGGAAUGGACUUAGUCAUGCUCAGGUGGUCGGAGCUGUCGCAUUCCAGAACAGGAGACCUUCUAUCCCUCCAAACAUCUCUCCAGUAUUGGUCUCCCUUAUGGAAUCUUGUUGGGCCGAUGACCCCGCGGAUCGCCCAUCUUUUGCUAGCAUAGUCGAUACGCUAAAGAAGCUGCUAAAGUCGCCAGCGGAUGCGAUAAAGAUGGGUGGAACAUAAGGACCGUGCUGCCCAUGAUCGAAUUUUUUGUAGUUGAAAUUCGUUGGGUAUGUAUGGAAAUGUUUAUUAACACGUAACCUGACCCUUGUUGGUCAUAAACUCGUAUUGAUGAAACCCCUUUGGUUGUUUGCAACUGUAUAUCAGUUGCUUCAUACUAACACAUUUCAUAAGGGCAAUUAAAGCCAUAAAGUCUAGUAACUGAAGAAGAAAAAAAAGAGGUGCGAAUAGGGGAUUUCUGUAAGGGGUCCUUGGACUGCUGCCUGAUAAGUGUAAACAUGAUAAGUGUUAACAAACUGAUAACCUCAAGCUCUUUUAUCAUAUAGCUUGAGAUCUACAAAAUAUUCGAGCACCUUUUGCCUCUUUUUGAGGUCUAUAAUUAUGCAAUAAUUAUUUGAAAACAUGAAUUACAUAUGUUGACA